CAAUGAAAUCGUUCAUCGCUCUAAGUUUGUUUGUGGCCGUUGCCUCGGCUGGCGUUAUGCCACCAUUGCAACAACGUUUGCCAUUGGUGCCCGUCAUGCCCAUGGAAGAAUUGGAGGGUCGCAUCACCAACGGUGAAUUGGCCAAGCCCGGUCAAUUCCCCUACCAAGUUGGUUUGCAAUUGGUCUUCGGUAACUCUGGUGCCUGGUGCGGUGGUACCUUGAUUUCGGAUCGUUGGAUUUUGACUGCUGCCCAUUGUACCGAUGGUGCUGAUGGUGUGACCGUUUAUUUGGGUGCCAUUGACAUCAAGGACGAUCACGAAAGCGGCCAACAACGUAUCUACACCUCCAAGAAGAACAUCAUUGUCCACGAACACUGGGAACCCACCACCUUGAGCAAUGACAUCUCCUUGAUCAAGUUGCCCGUUGUUGUUGAAUUCAAUGAACGCAUCCAACCCGCUGUUUUGCCUAAGAUGGACGGUAAAUACUCGACCUAUGAAGGUGAUAUGGUUUGGGCUUCCGGCUGGGGUCGUGACAGUGAUGAAGCCACCUCCGUUUCUCCCUUGUUGCGUUACAUCGAAGUGCCCGUAAUGAAGCAAAGUACCUGCAAAACCUACUACUUGGGUUCCGUUACCGAUAAGAUGAUCUGCAUCAGCACCAAGGGUGGUAAGUCUACCUGCAAUGGUGAUUCUGGCGGUCCCUUGGUAUACAAGCACGAUGGUGUCAACACUGUUAUCGGUGCCACCUCCUUCGGUAUUGCUUUGGGUUGUGAAAAGGGCUGGCCAGGUGUAUUCACUCGUGUCACUUCCUACUUGGAUUGGAUCGAAGAGAAUUCGGGUGUUGUCAACAAAUAAAUUAUAUUAAUUUAUUUGAAAUAGAAAAUAAAGAAUUU